CUCAGUUCUCGCCCAGCUCUGGAGCGUGUUGAUCGGCCACGGCAACGCGCAGUUAAGUGAAAAUUAUUUUUAAAGCUUUUGCUAAUUGAGAUUUUAAACUUAGUUCUGACGGAAUUGCAACAGAGCAGUAACCUCGGGUAAAAGAGGACCUUUUGAGUGAGUCUCUCCCGUGUUUUUGUAAAUGGGAGCCAGAGUACAUAGCUGGCCAACUGAAAUGAUUCUUUUAAAAACCGUGUCCACACACGCCAUGAUCCAUUUGUUGCUAGCAACAGUGCUGCUGAUGCCCAUGUUGAUUUAUAGUCAUGAGCAUCAUGGUAGUGGGAAAAACAGUGCUAUUCCUCUGACUGAGCUCGCUAGGGGUGCGAAACUGGUUAUGGAAAAUCACUCUGGUGACGUGACAGUGCGUACAGCGCGUGAAGCUGCAACUGAAAAGUUGGCUACAGUGCCUGUAACUACUACAGUUGGUGGAAAUAAACGUGUAAAAAACAAUAAAAAAGGAAACAAUCCGAACAAUCAGAUGCAGCGCGCUGGUGCAGCAGGUUCUCGUAAGUCAAGCUUAAAGCAAUCAUCUCUACCCAUUGGUAAGGAUGUUCUGAUGGUGCAGCCGCGACAUUUCCUAAAGCCUAAAAAUGCGGAACAUCAGCAUCGUUCAGGCAAAAGAUCGGGAGCAAGGGCAAGGACCACACAAAAUGCACCAUCUUGUCGUUAUGCAAAGAGUUCAUGGACGGAUUGUGAUGCUAAAACUAACAUGCGCACGCGUACUCUAUCUUUGAAAAGGGGUGAGUCCCAGUGUCCACCCACUAGGACCAUACAGAAAAAGUGCAAGAAAGCUUGCCGGUAUGAAAAGGGACCCUGGUCAGAAUGUAUAGCUGGACAAAUGACACGUGAGGAGAAAUUAAAGGCAUCUGAAGAUGAUACUCAACACAGCUGCGACCUCGUUCACAUUAACAACAAAAAGUGCACUCCUGGUGCUAUAGAAAAAAAAACAGCUACCAGCGUUCGCUCUUCCAAGGUGCGUAAGCACAAGGAGAAAGGUACCCGCCAGACGCCGACUCCAGCUUAAUGGGUCAAAUAGGUAAGGUUAUAAAUCAACAAUGUAUUUAGCAACAGCACAAAAUAUAGUAGUUUUAAGUUUAAAAAGUAUACGUAAAGUUCGGCGCGCAUUAAGCAGGCAAAUUAUAUAUUUUAUUUAUA